AUGGACGACAGCGCGUCAGGAGGAUUCUCCGAAGGCGGGCUGCCUCCCCGUCCGUCGGUGUCUACCACACGACGUCGUGCUCUGUUCGUCGCGCCGCAUUCCCGUCCUCCCACAUCGUCUUCUCUCGACGCCAACCCGCCUGGUCACCAAGAACAUCCUUCUCCUGGCGGCGGCAGUGGUGGCAGGAUGCCUUCUCCCGCCGGCAGCGGCAGUAGGAUGCCUUCUCCCGGCGGCGGCGGUAGUGGUGUCCGGAUGCCUUCUCCCAGCUGCGGCGGCGUUGGUGCUGGCGUUGGCUUCUCUCGUCGGCUCCCUAACGACCCACCUCCACUCGGUCCUCGCGCGUUGAACUUCACAGAGCCUCACGCCGCCACCUGGGACGCCUGCCGAAUGACAACAUCACCAGCAGAAGUGUACGAGGUCGCCGGCGAUGACUUUAGCCCCAACCAUUGGACGCCUGACUACUCGCAACCAUGGGCUUCAAGUUCACAAUAUUUCACAAACAUAAUGACACAGGAAAAGGAUGAUGAUUUGGAAUUGGUGAAUCAGCAGGCUGCCACUCCAAGUACCGGCGGGAAAGGAGCAUCCAAGCGAGGCAGUAACUACACUAGUCUUGAAGAUAUCCAACUUUGCAAAUCCUGGAUUCAUAUCAGCAAUGACCCUAUCAUAGGGAAUGAUCAGGCAGGAAAAACUUAUUGGGAGAGGAUUGCUAAUGAUUUCCACAGGAACAGGGACUUUGAGUCCGAUAGGACUCCAAAUUCACUCGAGCAUCGCUUUGGAAUCAUACUAAAGGAGUGCAUGAAAUUCCAAGGCUACUACGAGGAGGUCGAGCGUCGUCAUCCAAGUGGCGUCCCAUACAAAGAACAUAAAGCAAUCCAAAGAGAAGCUGAAAAAAAUGAAGGAGAGGAUGAGUACAAGGAUAUGAUGCAAACCUUAGUGGUACUCAAGACCGAGGAAUAUAAGAUGAAGAAAGAAAGGUGGGACAAGGAUAUGAUGCUUCAGCAGCGUAGGAUUGAGGUGGAAGAGCGGAGUCUGCAGUGGGAGCAAGAACAGAAAGUUAUGUUUUGUGAUGUCACCACCAUGGAUGAUGAUCAAAGGGCAUAUGUGAAGGCAAAGAGAGCUCGGAUUGUGAAGGAGAUGAGCGGUAGUGUAAGCGAGAAGGCUAGUGGUGAGAGUGGAGUGUAG